CUCAUAUCCAGGUUUCACUCAAACAGGACUUUGGGAUCGAAGUGUGUUUUACUGUUUUUAUUUCGCUGGUGUCACGAAUUUCCGUGAAAAUGACGUCUUUUUCAUCAGCAACUUUGGAGAAGAAAUUAUCUGAUCUUUCCAACACUCAACACAGUGUCCAGACGCUUUCGCUGUGGCUUAUUCACCACAGAAAACACGCUAAAGCGAUCGUACAGUCCUGGUACAAAGAACUGACUAAAGGUGAGUAAAACCGUGCAUGGUGUAAUUGUUUGAACUUGUUGUGGGUUGUGGAGAAACUGAUCUCCAUUGACAGAUCUUGCAUUGCAUUUGCUCAGCUGGUGCGAAAGAAUCACUUCAACAUGCCUUUCACAUAUCUCAUAUAUAUGUUACAUGUGGCGUGCGUUGCCAUACCAUAUUUACGAAUGAGGCAAAGGUCUCUAAUCAAGUUCUGUUCUGCAUUAGAGGGGUUGAACGAUCUAAUUAUAACGUGGUGCACAUUCUUGGCAUUUUCAUUAUCUUAUGCUAAGGCGAUCGACUCAGAUGCUUAUAGCUUUUGCUGAAUAUAUGUCAAAUAGCUUUUAAGAUUUCCCAUGCAGCUAACUCACUUUCCUCAACUCCUAAUUGAUUAUUAAUGAAAAGAUUUGGAGGAAAUAUGUGUGAUAUUUUUAUUUGAUUUGCCUAAUUCUAAGUUUAUUUUGGCGGACUCUUGUCAUCCAGUGAUAUCUAUCAGAAAACUGAUGCAUGAUCUUUUUUAAUAUUUUGUUUAACUGAUGACUUAUUUAUCUAUUUAAUGCAAUUGAUUAACAACAAUGGUUAAAGCCAUAAGGACAUUUUUUAAAAGAGUUACAAUGAAUCCAUAUAAAAAUACUCAGAUUUUAUCAAGUGCAGAGUAUCCAGUAAGUAAAUUUCUAUUCCUGUAGAUACCAAAACAUAGAAGGGACCUUAAUAGCUCACCUCCUUGAAGCUCAUUGGGCCAAUUGAUUUGUUCAUUUCACAUUUUCCCACUAACUGUGUUGUGUACAAAUGACAAGAAACCCUUUAUGUUCAGUUUUGUUAAUUAUCUUGUAAGCUUUAACAUUCUCCAUUUUUAUUUGCAGCAAGGACAAGCAAAAAGCUUACCUUCAUGUUCCUGGCUAAUGAUGUACUCCAAAAUGGAAAAAGGAAAGGCACAGAGUUUUUAAAUGAAUUUAAACAUGUCUUACCAGCUGCGUUUCAGCAUUGUGCACAGUAAGUAGUUAUCUGCAUUCUUAAAAUAAUUUAAGUUGUACUAGCAACCAGAAAAGGUCUCUUUGUUUUUUACAUGUACCCCUUAAACCUUUAACUCCCAUGAGUGACCAAGACAGAAUUUCUCCUUAAAAUAUCAAUACAAUAUCAAGCAGACAAGUGAUAAGAAUUAAGAAAAAUAUCAAUUAGGGGAUUAUAAGUUGAUCCAAUACCAAAUUCUCCAAACUAACAUCACAAGAACUGUAUGGCAGAUAGUAAGGAGAAUUACUAAUGAUAUCUUGGGAGUUAAAAGGUUAAAUCCUCCUGUAUGUCCAAUGGAGUAAUGCUGUGAUCCAGAUUGAUGAAGUUUUGAAUUCAGUUUUUGAUACACCUAAAUAUUUUGGUUGUUCGUUUGAAUUUGUGUGAAUAUGAAGUUCCUUCGAUUCAAUGUAGCUGUUAUUUGUUUUUAAUCCAGGGGCGGAUCAGUGGAAGCUAUACGUGGUCUUGAAAGGCUGAUAUCAAUAUGGACUGAGAGAAAUGUGUAUGAAGCAACUUUCUUAGUGAAGCUACACAAGUGUUUGGGUGAGUUUCUGUAUACAGUGCUGGGGAAAACAGUUUUUUUCUUUGCUUUAUUAGGAGAGGUGGGAGAGUGCUUAAUAUUUACAGGUUAAUAACAAGUGGAUGCAAACAUUUUGGCUGAGGCAGGCUAUGAAAAUGCUGUUAGUAUAAACUUUUGUCCUGUAACCCUUUCACUCCCAAGAUAUCGUUAUUUAUUCUCCUUACUGUCUGAUAUAUCAUCUUCGUUAUAUUCAGUCUUCAUCACACAUGGAUGUCUUUGGGAUGUUAGUCCAUCGCAGGUACAUGUAACCUACUCUCCUCCCCCCUUCCCCUUCCCCCUUCACUCUCCCUUAGCACUGUUUGUGGGUUUCUGGGACAGUUCAUCAGUACUUGUUUGUAAUCACUUUCAAAUUAUGAUAAACUUUACUUGUACAUAGGUCAAGUAUCAGAUUCACCUCCACCUGAGAAGAAACAAAAGACCGAUGAUGAAAAACAAGCUCCACUGAUGGAGCCACCAGAUGUAAGGCACCAGGUUUUGUUUGAAAUUAUCGUUAUUAUCCUAGAAACUGUAGAGGGUAUCUGGUCAAUUCAAAUAUUUGAUAAACUCUGCAGAUGAAGUUAGUGUAUAGUUUUACACAUAAUGAAAUUGUGUACACUGGAUUGGAUAGUGCCACUGUCAGGGUGAGGGUAAUCUUUACCCUUUACUCCUAAGAUAUUAAUAGUAAUUCUCUUUAUUGCAUACCAUACAUUCCUACCAAUUUGGUUCCAAGAAAUUAUUGUUUCAUAGGUUAGCAUCCCCACAAUGAUGUUCUUUCUUCACUCUCAUCACCUAUCAGGGUCAUAACAUCCCGCAUGCGUUCAAUGAGAUAUGAAGCACGCAGGAGGUUUGGAGAGCACGAAAGACGUGUAAGAGUUGCUCGAGGCGUAGCUAAGAGCAGCUCUAACUUCUUGUGUGCUCUCCAAACUUCUAAAGUGCUUCAUAUCUUGAUGAACACACAGCUGACGUAUGAACCAAUUGUUUGAUAACAUUUUCAACCUGAUGGAAAUUUUUUUUCUCAAGGGAUUUGUUUGCUGACGUCAUGAGUGUGCACAGUAGGAAUAUGAAGCAUGCUCGCGCAAUUGAAUUUGAUUAGACAAAUUUACUAGCUAUGUUAUAAUACUUCUUGGUCAUUUGUGGGUGUGAAAGAGUUAAAAAGGACAACGACAAUGACAAUGACUGGCAUUUUAAAAACCUGAAUCAGUAUGAGAGACAAGUGAGGAGUUAGAUUUUAAAAAACAGUUGAUAAACUGUACUUGAGCCUUACAGCCAUGAACAUGAGGGCAAAAGUAACAAAUUAGCUGUCAUGCAUGAACCAAUUAAUAACAUCAAACUUACAGUGAGCUCUUCCCUUGGUACUGAUGAAAACAUCCUUUAGAUUAACUCAACACUUUUCUACUAUCACUUGAUUAAUAACAGGAAAUCCUGGUAAACUGAUCAUGCAGUCUAUAGCAGUUUUGCUUGUGAGAUUAGUCCCAUUAAUAAGUUGUUUUUAUGACAGUGUUGGAUGUUGCCACAGCCUGAGUGAAGUUAUUAUUAGAGCCUAAUGUUAUAGAAAUUAUUAACCACAAUGUUUACUUGACUUUGUGAUCAGUCAUUUUCUAAUGAAUGUUGUUGUUUUGGUCUUAGCCGGAGGAUUUAAUUAAAGCAUUAAUGGAGCUUGAAAACUCAGCUUCACAAGAUGCUGCUGUCAGAGAAAAGAUUGCUAAUUUACCAGCUGAAGUCCAAGAUGUGUCACUUUUAGAAAAAAUUGAAGGUAAAGGCAGUACAUUAUGUGUAGUUUGUCCAUUCCCAUUUUAGCAAACAAUGUUUGUAAGAAGUAGUCUUUUAACAGAAUUUACAUGUCGCAUGAUUUAGAUAAAGAAACUGGCGAUCGUCUCUCCAAAAUUGUCGAUGAAGCUUGUUUAUUAUUGGCGGACUAUAAUGGUAGACUUGCUGCCGAGCUAGAAGAUAGAACAACAAUAUCCAAAAUGCUGGCUGCAUUUAUACAGCUCCAGAAAGAUAAACUAGCAGAAUCAGAGAAAAAACUUGAGGUAAGUAUUCCGAAGGAAGAGCUUUCUUAACACACUAUGUGCUAAGCAAGAAGUAGGAUUAGGGAGGUUAGGCACAGAUCUAUUCAAAUGCAAAAGGCAACUGGAAGGUUUGAAUUCCUUCCUCUGAUGUUUGCUACAAAUCUUUUGUCUUUACUGUUUGGUAUAUAAUAAUAAACAAAGGUUUUUAAGCUGGUUUUUUUUAUGUCAAAGUACGCCAGGUGUGGCUGUAAUGUACUUCUACUUGCCACUAUGCUGUACCUCGUGCAAAGGUCAAGCAUUGCUGAGAAGGCUGCCUUUACAUUGAAUUCCAGUUUGACACAAAUUACGAAAAAUUAAAGGUAAACCAAACUAUAGAUCAAACACAAAAUCUCUCAGAUUCUGUAACAGAGACAGUUUUAUCCUCAGAUAACUGUCGUAAACCACCAUUGUUUUUUACAAGGGAGUUGCUUAUCUAUGUAUUUCUUUCAGGAAUACAAGGCCAAACAGGAAAAAGUUCAACUUGUCAGACAAGAGCUCAAAUCCCAUUUAGAAAAUCUUCCAGACCUAACGAAGCUUCCAGAUCUAGCAGGAGGUUUAGCCCCGUUGCCUUCUGCAGGAGAUUUAUUUGCUUCCGGAAAUAAGUCAUGAGAGUAACGAACUUUGUUAAAAUGUUUGACUGGUAUAUAAUUUAUUAAUGUCUUUAGUACAUUUAAACAAAAAAAAUUAACUCCUGGGCUUUUAAAUAUCUGUUACGUGGAUGGUACAUGUAUGUAUAUAAGGCUGGUAAAAUGUCUCGAGAGUGGUGAAGAAUUAAGAAAACAAAGAAUCACAGGUUUUGUAGGAAAAAUAGAAUUACUCAAUCUGAAUAUUGUUGAAUAAUAAACAGUGACCGGAGGGAAAAUGAUUUCUCGAUAGAAAUGAUUGUUAAACGUAUACAUUUCCUUCACUUUACAUUUUCUUCUUCAGAGAAGAGAAAUUGUGAUCGGUCAUUUUAAAUGUUUUAUUUUCUCACUGUUUCUUGUUUCUUGUCAUCAGCGAAAUGAGAAUGUGUUUAGAAGAGGCGACUGCCCAAAUUUGAUCAAAUUACCUUUUAAUGCGCAGAAUUUGUCCCCGAUAUAGAAAAAGAGAGUAAGAGAGGUUGUUGCUCAAACGUUUCCCUGGAAUGUGAGGUGUUGUUCAUUUCACCCAGCUGUAUCGUUUUGACUCUGUGACUGAAGCAGGUAGUCUUUGAGGUUUUUGUUUCUAAACAACCAAUUUUGAGAGCCUUAAUGUAAAGCUGACAACAAGUCAUCUGAAGAUUGAAGAAAGAUACCCUUUCGAUUCCUGAUUGAAACAAUGCUUAUCUACAGUGACCUGAGUCAAUAUUUAUGUCAGUGUUAAAUAACAUUUAGGUGUUUUCGGGUUUCUUUUGUUACGUAACCAUGAUUUACAAACGUUCUUUUCCAAGUAUGCUUAAUUCGAGGGAUGCAGAAUUUUUUUUUCUGAGAACACAUAUAUUUCUCUAGAACUCAAUUCUGUAAGAAGUUAAAGGUUUUGAUAGUCUUUCAAGAAGGAACGUCUGGACGUUAUAUGUCAAUGUCUAUUUUUCUCAUUCCUGUGGGAAAAGUUUGUUUAGUUUCAUUGAUCGGAAUUGUCUGUGUUUAUCACUUAUCGAUCGGAAGAAAGGUUAACAUCAUCAUUAA